AUGACGCUCUGCGCGGAUCCCAUGGAGCUGGACGAGCAGGAGAAGCAAUUUUGGGCCCAUGCCGGUCCGGUCAAACGGGAACAGGAACCACGACGAGAUGUGAUGCCUCAAACCGAGCAAUCCAAGAGGCAGCGUCUGGCUCCGCAGGACCGGAACAAAGGCAAGGGCAAGGGUACCAAGGGCAAAGGCAAGGGAAAGCAGGGCCUACCAAGUCCAUCCAGUGCCAACCAGGUCACGGGCUACACAAAUGGUUUCGGAAGCCAUCCACCCAAUCCCUGGACACAGACUCAGGACCUGCAGCCACUGGGAAAUCACGAUCCAGACUGGAUGGAGUACAGGAUGAAUCGACUAUCCCAGCUGGUCCUUCGUCAGGAGCAAAUCAUCUCAGCCAUCCGUCAGGAUCUGGUCCUCUACCUCUUUGUACGAUCAGGGCCAGAAGGGAUGGUACCGGUUCUCUGCGAAGCAGCGGAGAAGUGGAGGAAGAUGAAAGAGGAAGAACCCGAGAAGAUUACUUACUCCCUCAAACUCAUGCUCUUCAAGCAGCUGCUCAUCACCCUACACCAGAGGUUGACCAACAUGAUUGCGGACGAGGAUGCUCUCGCCAAAGCCAAGAACCUGAACUGGAUCGACGAUCAGAAACAUUGGAAACAUCUUACAUGGAAUCCUACCAAACAAUGUCUGGAAGUCGACAACUCGGUGAGGCCAAUACCGGCGGAAGAUCUGUUGGCCCAACUGGUUCAGAUGAGGAAGGCUGUUACGGAAGAGACCCUGGUGAGGUUCAAGUCCAUGAGGAAGCUCACCACGGAGGUGACCUCCGACUGGAUUCAAUUCCAGAUCUGCAUGUCCCUUCGCCCAGAGGGAGGAGCCAUGUGGAGCACGCUGAACCAGUGGAUCGGACAAGCAUCGUGGCACACCCUGGGCUGCAGGCUUCGCCGCGAUCGACCGAACUACGACACCCUGGUCCAGGAAGUGUUCUCGCAUAGUGGGUUCAAUGGUGGCUGGGAGGCCCGAAACUUUGUGCCUGGAGGUAUUGCCACUCUUGACAAGGGGCCUACUCAAGCUCCCAUUCCGAUUGCGCUGCCGGUAGGCCCAAGCCUGGAGCUUCAGGCAGCCAUUGAUGGGUGGAGUGCUCAGGUUACAGCUCGUUAUGCACUGCUGACUCCGUCUUCCAUGCUCUGCAUACAACUUCAGCGCUUCACAAACGCCGAGGGAGUCAUGCGCAGGGACACCAGACCGCUGGUUGUGGCCUCGACUACUGUUCGUAUGCCACUCUUUACAGGUCUGCACACAAUGCAAGUUCGCUAUGUCCACUACCAGGUCGUCGCUGUACAGCUUCACUACGGGGCGUUUGGCAAUGCGCUGCCGCCUGCAGAUACGAGGUACAUGGAGCAGCCGAUGAUGCCCAUGGACCAGCAGAUGUACAUGCAGCAGCAGCAGCAGCAGCAGCAGCAGCAGCAGAUGCAGAUGCAGAUGCAGAUGGACCAGCAGCGGUACGUGGAGCAGCACCUUGCUUGCACUUCAAGGUUCCACAGUGUGAAGUCGUCGCUGUAG